AUGGCAUUUAGUUUCUAUCCAAAUUCAAUAUUAGUUUUACGAACUGGUUUUUCAUUUACAAACAUGCAAUGGAUAGAACCAUACAUGAAUUAUACAAGAGGAAAUUCGACAGAUGAAUAUUCCAUGAAAUGGUCGAUAAACUGUGAUGGACAAGCAUUUGGUGGAGGAAAAUUUUGGAUUAAAAAUGUAACUAACACUAAAUAUUUUCAAUCAAUUUAUGCUCUAACAGAUGGUACAUGUGGCAGUGCUUGUAGUUUAUUCCUAUCAAAAUUAAAAUUUGGUUCCAAUUUUAAAAAGAUUUUCGAUAUUGGUGGUGGAUAUGAUGAUAAUGAUUUAUUUGAAAGUUCAAGUUAUGCUAGUGGUAGUGCAUUUAGUUGGAAUGAUAUUACCACAUAUUACAAUCUCGUUGGUGCUAAUGAUUGUUCUAUUGACUACUUACCAACAAGUGCCUUUUUGAAUUUGAAUGUUUACAAAAUAUAUAUCAACUCAAUCAGUAAUGAUUACCCAAGAGAAUUUGUAAAGCAGCCAAUUUGA